CCCAAGUCGACACACCAAAGGCAGCGUGCUCACCUUUGGAAACAUGUCUGGACAUCCAUGGGUGAGAUGCGCACACCAGUGUGUCACUCCGGCUGAAGACAAUUACGUGACGCCACUGGCGGGCGCUAAUAGCAACGCUGUCGGUGGCUCGCUUCUGUAUAGCCCUUUUCAAAUGCUUCAAGACCAUAACGAGGACAAUGACUCUGGCCUUGGCGAUGAUUUUUCGUUCGUGUUCACGUCUGGUGUCACCCCCCGCUCAUCUUCUUCGAUGGAGGAUCGUUGGAAUGCAUUUUUUGAUGACGAGCUCUCGUAUAUCUCGUCGAACAGUUCAGGCUCCCGAUUCUCAUUUCUGAGCUCCACGUCAACCCCUGCCACAUCCCGCCCCACCAGUAUAAUUCGUGAUCUUCCCAGUGAGUCACUAGACCAUAAAGCAGCUGGUAUGCGGGUUUUUGGCUCAUUCGAAGAGGACGUCUGUGACUCUUGCACCGCGUCUGUGUGCUCGCUCUCUGGAACUACCAGCAAUACCAUCGCGCCUACCGCGCCAUUUUCUUCAUUGCAUGCUCCCAUCUUCCAGAGCGACAUCGCUAUUGCCGACAUCCACAAACACGCCGGGACUUUCUACUUCCCCCCAUCCACGCCCGAGCCCUCCACAUCCCGCUCAAUACUCCGCUACCUCAAAACGAAGAAAAUGAAGAAGGGAUCGCCACCGGUGACCGAUGAGAAACGCAAGAUGCAUUGUAUAUGCGGGAGUCCUCUCUGCGCAGAAAUGUGGCUCCUUGAGCGGAAGCACGAGGGCCCUGGGGACCAUUAUGCGACCAACAACGCCCCAUCAACAGCAGGUUUGGUCCAGGCUACAGGGCCUGCGGUGUUGAUCGCCCCGCCUGAUUCAGAUGGGACACCCGUGUACAGGCCUAGCGCAUCGCAUCUGGCUCUGAGACACUCCAAAUCGUCAUUGAAGCUUGACGCUGAAACCCACUUCGCUCCCUCAUCGCCACAGAAUUCACAAUCACCAAAUAGUUCAGCUUCAUCAUCGUUAGGGAAGAAAAGAAGAUUCCUACAUGCUCUUCGUGCGAAGUUGGCGGAAGGCACUCCGUCGGCCUUGACUCCGACCCAAUCGAAGGACAUUCUGAAGCAUCCGAAAUUUACCGGGAAAGAGAAAAAUGGAGGGUUAAAGGAGCCCGAGCCUCUUUCACCAGGGGAACUAGAUGAGGAACGUUUAUCUAUCUCGUGGAUGACACGUGAAACUCGCCAGAAGGCUGCUGAGAAAAUGGAACGUGCUCGCGUCGCUCAAGAGAGAGUCCGGAAGCGAAUUUUAGAGCAAAACAUCAGGCGGUACAGCUUUGCUGGUACCUGGGUCCCCGCGCUUUAAUUUCAAUAAUGUUCGAUCAUACUCUCCUUUUGCACCUAUCCAUUUUUAAAAAACUUAUUAUGAUAAUAGCAGCAUCAGUCUUAUCAUUGCACGAGCUUCAAGUAUUAUUUAUGGGACAAUUUUGCAGGACUCACAAUUUUUUUAAUUCUUCUGUCAUUCAGCUCCGUUUUUACUGUCACUUUCUGCCUACAACACGCACACUUGUUAGAAUGCACGUUUAUAACUUUGCGUUCCAGUCGCGAGGUGAUGGAAUAAUGUAGUAUCAUUUAAUCGCGCUUCUGUAAACUAAUUGCUACAUCCUUUAAAUGAUAUACUAAUGGUCAUUCG